CUUGUUGAUCGUGUGCAUAACUCCUCUUAGGUUUACUGCCUAAAGUACAUAGUUAGCUGCCUCCAAGACAUUAUACGGUGUGAGCUGGCUGACAAGCUCGUGGCUCUUUCAUACCCCAAAUCAUCCACUAAAAAUGGGUCUUUUGUUACCUACCUACGAAUUGACACGUUCGUCACUGUUAUAGGUGGACUAAGUACGUAGUAGUGGCGGUAAUAUUUAGUACAGCCUACCUUAGGACAUAUGACACUACGUCUGUGACGAUUUAAUAGCACCUGCUUGAGAUUCACGGUAACAACUCGUGCCUCUUCGAUAAACAUUUGAACCGUGAUGCAUUGUCUGAGUGAUUCCUUUCAUCGACAUCUGGCGCUGACUCCCUUCAGCUCUUGAGGACCCCAGCUGGUUGUCGAUUGCUCCCCUCUGACGAUUGACGACUGACACUAGACGAUAUUUCGAAAUGCGUCUGGUCAAGAGUCAAAUAGAGAACGAUGGCAGUGGCAAGGUCACUCUAUGCCCUGAAGAGCCAGAGGAUAUGUGGCACCCCUAUAACCUGAUUCGGCCUCUCGACCUUUUGACCGCAUCUGCAAUCCGCCGUGUAACCACUGAGUCUGCGUCAACUGGCUCAACAGCUUCGCAGAGAGUGCACACAAAUCUGACAAUUCGAGUCAAAUCGCUUGACUUUGAUCCCCAGGCUGGUCAGCUGCAUGUAUCUGGGCAGAUUGCGCGUGAGAAUCGCUUCACCAAAAUCGGCCAGUUUCAUACACUCGACCUCGAGUUACAACGAAACUUCACUCUUGAGAAGGAAAUCCAGGACAGUGAUGGCAGCGAAGGAUGGGAUAGUGUGGCUCGCGCCCAGCUAGCUGAGGCUGUCGACCCCACCAGGGGCACCGAGGCUGUAGCUGUGGUCAUGCAGGAAGGACUCGCCAACAUUUGCUUUCUCACCCAGUUUCAAACCGUGUUGAGGCAGAGGGUGGAGACAUCUGUGCCUCGGAAACGUACUGGUGCUGGUCGAUCUGCGGAUCACGAUAAAGGGCUUACCAAGUUCUUCAAUACUGUGUGGGACACACUGUCCCGGCAGCUCCAAGGCCUCGUCGAAGGCAAGGAUGAAAGCACGAAUUUCCCUAUCCUCCUCGCAAGCCCUGGCUUCACGGCAACUGGCUUUCUCAAACACAUCACCGAAGUCGCAGCUACGAAAGGCGAUAGACUUCUACAGGAUCUCAUCCGACGCAAGGCUUUCAUUGUCGUUCACAGCAGCUCUGGCCACCUUCACAGUCUUAACGAGGUUUUGAAGAGUCCAGAGGUCCUGGUCAGACUAAAAGACACAAAGUAUGCCCGAGAGACAAGCUUGAUGGAUGACUUCUUCACCUUGUUACGCAAGGAUGACGGUAGGGCCUGGUAUGGUCCUAAAGAAGUCGAGACAGCAGUGGGAAAAGGUGCAGUGGGCAGAGGGGGUGGCGUGCUUCUGAUUAGCAAUGCCCUAUUCCGCAGCCAGGAUAUUGCAACUAGAAGGCGGUGGGUGCGACUCGUCGAUCAAGUCCGAGAUGCGGAUGGCGGGGAGGUCAGGGUCCUUAGCAGUGACCAUGAGAGCGGCAGGAGGCUUGAAGGCUUGGGUGGCAUUGCAGCGAUCCUCACAUUCCCCAUAGAGGACAUGGAUUCUGAAGACGACGAAUCUAGUGAGUAGUAUGUUGGUCAGUACGUGUCCAACCAAGUAGAUACAGAAUCGACAUCCCUACUUGACCUUUCAA